UCCUGAAAUUGUGGUUGCGCAAAAGGCGUGACGAGAGGCUUUCCGGGUGGAGAUAGAGGGUGGCGCGCGGGGCGGAACUUUAAGUGGCACUCUACCUGUGCUGGCGUGUUAGAAGAAACUAUGGUGAGUAAAACGACGAGACACCAAGAAGCUUACGGAUUACGGACAGCGUGUGAAGGUUUUUUUCGGUUGGCUGCUUUUCAGUAUGGAAAUGAAGAGGACUGUUGGAAGCCUGUGACAUAGAUGCAAAUGAUACACUACUCAUCAUGUACAGCUGCUAAACUUUACUCACUUUACAAGGCACUUGCCAAGGCCUUUUUGUGUCAGACUAGGUGUCUUUUUGAAAGAAUGUUUUCUGUGAGAACAUUAGAAGGGCCAUAUUUUUGCUUUGUCAUGGCCUGCCUUCAGUUGCUUUUUUUGUUGCUAAUGUACCAACGUAGCUCAAGCAGUUGGUCAGGUGCAUUUAUGGAAAAACUACCUGACAAAUGGGAUUAUUCAAAACUGCAUGAUGUCUAUUUCAACCUUAGUUUUUUUUCACCAGCCUCCACUGAAGAUUUACACCACUGUCCUCCCAAGUCACCGCUUUUGGUUGGCCCAAUAAGAGUAAAUUUUCAUAAUGUUCCCAACAUGAAGAGAAUUAUAAGGAAGAACCCGUAUGUUCAGCGAGGAGGCUUGUACACUCCACGACACUGUGUGGCACAGUACAAGACUGCAAUUUUAGUACCUCAUCGUAAUCGAGAGACUCACCUUCGUCACCUUCUGUAUUUUCUCCAUCCCUUCCUGCAGAGGCAGCAGCUUCAUUACAGGAUUUAUGUCAUCAAUCAGGCUGGUAAUGGCACAUUUAACCGGGCAAAGCUACUCAAUAUUGGUGUGCGAGAGGCACUGAAAGAUGAUGAAUGGGACUGUCUAUUUUUGCAUGAUGUGGACCUCAUCCCAGAGAAUGACUACAACUUGUAUGUGUGUGACGAGUUAUGCCCCAAGCAUGUGUCCAGUGCAAUGAACAAAUUCAACUACAGGCUACCAUACCGAACCUUCUUUGGAGGAGUAACUGCAGUAACACCUGAACAGUAUUUGAGGAUGAAUGGUUUUCCCAACUCCUACUGGGGCUGGGGUGGGGAGGAUGAUGAAAUUGCUAACAGAGUAAAUUAUGCAGGAAUGAAUAUUGUCAGAGUCCCGUUGGACAUUGGCCGCUAUAAAAUGAUCAAACAUGGACCAGAUGAAGGAAAUAAUGCCAAUGAAAAAAGGUUUGAUAUGUUAACAAAGUCACAUAAAUACUGGAAAGUGGAUGGAAUGAACUCCCUGGAAUACAAAUGCAUCUCAAAACAGUUGACAUCUUUGUAUACAAACAUUACUGCUGAUAUUGGGGAAGCUCCUAUUGAAGACAAAAAUAGUGUCCCAGAAUCCUGAGACAGAAAAUGCCAUACUUAACCCUUGAACCUCCUUGAUCUGCCUGGGACUUAGGACAUUGUCUUCUUUCCUGAUCCACUUCGGGCAUGGUUGCUGUGAAUAUUGAUUUAGUUGAUCAAAAUUCAACAUUUCAUUUGGAGCACAAUGUUUCCUCAUGGUUAUUUCUUAUGGAUAUUAAUUGAAAGGCUAUAUAGCUUGCACCCACAAUACCAGAGGCCAAGCACAAGAAUGAAGAAAUGGUGUAAAGAGGCUGUACACUUACAUUUAAAAUGUUUGUGUUGAGGGGAAAAAGGGAGAUAUGCAAGAGUGCAAAGAUUUGAAUUUGGCCAGUACUCCUUUCUGCCUGAAAUUACAAUUUGGAAGACACAAAGUGUUCACCUUAUCCCAAUAUACCAUCUCAAAGGAAUUGGACCUCAUGAGUUGCACCUUCUUGAGGCUGGAUAAAAAACAUAGGUGAUGCUCGGCGAGUCCAGGAAGUCUCUUGGUUUGCACAUCUUUCAGGUUUUUUUUUUUUAAUAUUUAUUGAGGAGAUAAAAAUUGUUUUUGUAAAUUAAAACCAUCUCCCAUUUGUAUGGUAACUUGAUUAAAUUAUUUAAACACAGUUUA